CUCCUGAAGGGUGAGGAAGGGUCGACCCACGGGUGAAAAAAGGCGGGGAGAAUUAAGGGUUUUAGCUCACUACUCUUCUACGUCCAUGGAGGUCGGAGCAUACAGUAGAGUUUUGGGCCAGCCCCGAAUCUUUUGCGCAGCAAAGGGUUUUCAAAAUCCUAAAGAACCCUCGAGCGUUUUUCGACAUGGUUCCUUCUAUAAGCCCCACCGAAAUUUCGAUUUCAAAGCCGUUCACAACAAUCUCCAAGUACCGAUGGAAAAGAAGAAAAUCAGUGUUGCACACGAGCUUUCAAGUUUGGUGGCUCUAUCCCCCUUAGAUGGUCGUUAUUGGGGUAAGGUCAAGGACUUGGCCCCUUAUCUGAGCGAAUAUGGGUUAAUCUUCUUCAGGGUUCUGGUUGAGAUCAAAUGGCUGUUGAAGCUAUCGGAAAUACCUGAAAUCAUAGAAGUCCCAAGAUUCAGUGAAGAUGCUUCUUCUUUUUUACAAGGACUUAUUGACAAUUUCUGUGAGGAUGAUGCUUUGGAGAUCAAAAACAUUGAGAAAGUGACGAAUCACGAUGUGAAAGCUGUUGAAUAUUUCUUAAAACAGAGGUGUCAAUCACAUCCUGAGAUUUCUAAGGUGCUUGAGUUUUUUCAUUUCUCUUCCACAUCCGAGGACAUUAACAAUCUUGCCCAUGCACUCAUGCUGAAAGAAUCAUUGGAAGAUGUUAUGCUUCCUUCUAUGGACAAGCUGAUAAAUUCAAUAAGCACCAUGGCUAAAGAUAACGCUCACAUUCCAAUGCUUUGCCGCACCCAUGGACAGCCAGCAUCACCUUCAACCCUGGGGAAGGAAAUGGCAAUUUUUGCAGUCAGACUAAGUAGAGAAAGGUUGGAAGUUUCGAAGGUCAAGAUAAUGGGAAAGUUUGCUGGUGCAGUUGGAAAUUAUAAUGCACAUCUUGUGGCAUAUCCAAAUGUUAACUGGCCUAAAGUGGCUGAAGAGUUUGUUAACUCCUUGGGUUUGAGUUUCAAUCCCUACGUAACUCAGAUUGAAACUCAUGACUACAUGGCAAAACUCUUUUUUACCAUUGUGCGAUACAAUAAUAUCUUGAUUGAUUUCGACAGAGAUAUUUGGGGUUAUAUAUCUUUGGGCUAUUUUAAACAGAUAACAAAGGCAGGUGAAAUUGGUUCUUCAACAAUGCCUCACAAAGUAAAUCCUAUUGAUUUUGAAAAUAGCGAAGGUAAUCUUGGUGUGGCUAAUGGAGCAUUGGCCCAAUUAAGUGAGAAGUUACCCAUAUCUCGGUGGCAGCGUGACUUGACUGAUUCAACUGUUUUAAGGAAUAUGGGAGUUGGACUUGGACACUCUCUUCUUGCCUACAAAAGCACACUUCAGGGGAUAGCGAAGCUCCAGGUGAAUGAAACUCGCAUCUUCGACGAUUUGGAUCAAUCAUGGGAGGUCCUUGCUGAACCAAUACAGACGGUCAUGCGACGAUAUGGUGUUCCGGAGCCUUAUGAGAAGCUAAAGGAAUUAACCAGAGGAAAAUCAGUUACUAAGGAAAGUAUAAGGAGAUUUAUUGAAGGGUUGGAAUUGCCUAACGAAGCUAAGAAAAAUCUGUUGACUCUAACUCCUCAUAGCUAUGUUGGAGCAGCGGUUGAACUGGCCAGGGAUGUAGACAUGGCCUUGAAUCUUGUGAACGGAGAAGAGCACUUUUUAAAUUCUAAGAGGGCAUUGAUUUGACAAGGUAACAUUUUUGAAGUAUUUACAAAUUUCAGUGUCACAAAUGAGAACAUUUGUUGAGAAACAUUCCAGAUAAAAUUUGUGUGACUUAAUAAAUGCAUGAAAUUUGUGAGGGGAAAUUGAACAUC